UCUCCGCAUUCCAGACGCGCCACAAUUUCUUUUUUCGAGGAAUGUAGGUUUGGUUCAGUGAGGCAGAAGAAGGUCUGAGAGGAAGGCAGUCAGCAUAGAACUCACAACCUGCGUUCCAAACCUGAACUACUCGGCACCAUCGCCACAGUCAUAAAAGCAAGGAAUCAGAAGACAAAACCAUGUGCAACAACAAGGGCAAAGCCAACACAGGCAACGAAGAAGUUGGGGGGGUGGUUUACACGGAAGGUGUUGUUGGGAAGAACUGUGACAAUCGUCGAAUGUUUGUGCGAUUUGUUGUUAUUGGUGUUGUUGGUGUGAUUAUCCUUGUGGCGAUUGCAUUGGCAGUGACGCUGCUACAACUGAGGUCUGGCGGAGAUAAAGAAUCGUCAUCGGCCCCGCUGAAAUCCGAAAGUAUCUUGCCCGACAUUCCAACUACGCCCAACACCGCUGCUCCUGAUGGAAUCAACGUCGAUCGUCCCGGGAACGAUGUGGAUCAGCCAUCAUUGAACAGUGUGGAUCAGCCAACAGUUGAUCCCGAAAAUAUCCUGCCUGACAUUCCAACGAUGCCCAACAUCGACUACCUUUUCAAAGGAUACGAUGUGAUGCUGGGAAAUCCAUUGGGACAAACAGAUGGAGGAUUCCAGCUUCCUAUCUUUGAUGCGACGUACCGUAGCGUGCAGAAAACUGAUGAUCUGCGCUACUUGAUCCCUGACAAGGUUUCAACAAUACCAUCUUGUGAAGCUUGUGACAUGGUGUUCACGUCAACGGUGAUUGAAAGCUCGGAAGAGUACAUUGAUAGCUUGAUGGCAAAAGUCGACGUGGCUGCAAGCGGAAGAUACGCUGGAUUCAAGGGUUCCUUUUCGGCAUCCGUUGGGUAUGAAUUGGCAUCCGAGCGCAUCAAUGAACUUCAACAGAUUUCAACACAAUCGGAAGCUUCUUGUUGUGCCUACAUCGCCGAAGUGCAGACAUUUGAUCCUCCAGCCUUCCACGAAAACUUUCUUGCUGCGUUGGAUACCCUGACGGACGAGUAUGAUCAGAAUAUCUACUGGAACUUUGUGUACGAGUUUGGAACCCAUUACGUCAAGCAGGUAACCAUGGGAGCGUUGUUUGGGGAAGAGUCGUUCUUGACUUGGGAAAACCGAAGAACAUUGGAGAGCGACGGAAUCAGUCUAGAGGUUGGAGCAGCGGCAUCAGGAUGGGGAAUAGCGGUUUCCGUCGAUGCCGAAUACGAUCAGAGGAAACAAGAGCGCACCUCUUUUCAAUCCAACACCCAAUCGCGCAAAACCUAUACAAGGGGGUCUCUCCCCCCUACAGAUGGUGACACGGCGACGUGGGCUGCAGCCACCAGGGACAAUCCUGCUCCUAUAAACAUUGAGCUAGCAAGAAUCGACUUUUUGUCCCACCUUCCAGUGACUGACGAUGUCAAGGCCAACCUGGGGAAGUUUCUUGAUGAGUACUGCACGAUUGGCACUUGUGAUCCACCCCCCAGACCUCAGAUUCCCAACGCACCAACACCAGCUCCGGUGGUUCCGACACCAGCACCCACUUCGGUUCUGUCAAGCAACAGAUUCUGUAGGUUUCAGUCCCAGCCAAUCAAUCCGUAUGAGAUUGAAUACAGCAAAGAGUGGACGUGCGACAAUGUCAAAUUCGCCGGACCGGUUGGUUUUAGGUGGCAUGUAAACGAAGACAACAGUGAUGAGUAUCGAGUGGAGGUGAACGAAGUGGGUUACAAAAGCAGUGAAAGAUGGGCAACAUAUUCCCACAGCGAGUUGCUGACAGGGAGCGUUCAAACCAGAUACACUAUCAAGCUCUCGUGUAUGAAUGAAAGCCAAUGGUGCUACAUCCCAACAUUUUUUUACACUUUGGUUGACUGUGGUUGCCCCGAUGGCUGGCGUAAAGUUGAAGACUGCAGAUACGGUGACGUCGAAAGCGCAAAGAGUGCUCGCUGUGUCAAGUAAUUAAACAUAACAUAAGAAGAAGUCUUUGUCUUCAUUC